AUGACACAAACAAGAUUAAAAUCUACUUCAAUUGCGGCAACUUAUUUCCCAGAAGAACCAACUGGUCCAGUUUUAAAAACCGGUUGUAUCCCAGGUCCAAAAUCACAAACAUUAAAUACGGAAUUAGGUGAAGUUUUCGAUAAUAGAGCUGCUUAUUUUGUUGCUGAUUAUUUCCAAUCUGUUGGGAAUUAUAUUAGUGAUGCUGAUGGAAAUAAAUUAUUAGAUGUUUUCUGUCAGAUCUCAUCCAAUCCACUUGGUUAUAAUAAUCCAGCAUUGGCUAAAGCUGCUAAAUCGGAUGAAAUGAUUAAUGCUAUUAUCAAUCGUCCUGCUUUGGCUUGUUUCCCAUCUUCUGAUUAUAAACAAAUUUUGCAAGAAGGGAUUUUGGCAGCUGCUCCUCCUGGUAUGAAUAAAGUCUGGACUUCUUUAAGUGGAUCAGAUGCUAAUGAAACUGCUUAUAAGGCGGCAUUUAUGUAUCAACAUACUAAAUUAAGAGGUGAUAAUGGAUUCACUGAAGAUGAAAUGAAAUCAGUUAUGGCUAAUAGUACUCCAGGUGCUUCUGAUAUGGUUAUUUUAUCAUUUGAUAAAGGUUUCCAUGGAAGAUUAUUUGGAUCUUUAUCAACUACUAGAUCUAAAGAAAUUCAUAAAUUAGAUAUUCCUGCAUUCCCAUGGCCAAAAGCUCCAUUCCCAAUGUUGAAAUAUCCAAUUGAAGAACACGUUGAAGAAAAUAGGGCUGAAGAGGAUAGAUGCUUAAAAGAAUUGGAAUCAAUUAUUAAGAACUCUCCAACCAAGGUUGCUGCGUUAAUUGUUGAACCUGUUCAAUCCGAAGGUGGUGAUAAUCAUGCUACUCCAUAUUUCUUCCAAGAAGUUCGUAGAAUUUCUCAAGAACAAGAAGUUUUAUUUAUUGUUGAUGAAGUUCAAACUGGUGUUGGUGCAUCUGGUAAAUUCUGGGCUCAUGAACAUUGGGAAUUACCUAGUCCUCCAGAUAUGGUUACUUUCUCCAAAAAAUUCCAAGCUGCCGGAUUCUAUUUCAGUAAUCCUGAAUUACAACCAAAACAACCAUAUAGACAAUUUAACACUUGGUGUGGUGAUCCAUCUAAAGCAAUUAUUGCAAAGGCUAUUUAUCAAGAAAUUGUUAAGAAUGAUUUAGUUACUAGAACUGGUCAAGUUGGUGAUUAUUUAUAUGGGAAAUUAAAUUCGGUUCUUUCACAAUAUCCAACCCUUGUUUCUAAUUUAAGAGGUAAGAAUUACGGUACUUUUAUUGCUUGGGAUUGUACUGAUGUUGAUACUAGAACAAAGAUUUUAAUGGGAUGUAGAGCUAAGGGUGUUAAUAUUGGUGGAUGUGGUGAUGUUUCUAUUAGAUUGAGACCAACUUUAUUAUUUGAAGAGAAACAUGCCGAUGUAUUCGUUGGAGUCUUAGAAGAAGUAUUAAAGGGGUUGUAA